GCAUCAUCUUAAUAAUUAAUGUAAUAUUUUGAUUUGAGAAAAUAAAUUUCUUGCAAUUAAUGAUAGACCGGCUUUGUUACAUGAAUUUUGGCAAAAUAUUUAUUUACAUUUGUUUUUGUGACCUACAUGUGAACACAAGUAGAAAAAGUCUGUUUAUGUGACCAUAGUAUAUUACCAUUGUCCCAUAAUGACAAAUGAAGGCAAAAUGCGAUGCUAUCAAACCAAUCAAAAUUGUUCUUUUUAUAUAGACUUACGUCACGCUUCUUACUUCUUUUUUAUUGGUCACCUUAUAGAAUAUUCGUGUCUGUCUAACUACGCAUUCGUAUAACAGCUGAAAUCCCUCCAGGAUUACGCUUCGGAAAUUAUCUACAUUUAAAUCCGGCAGCCAAGGAUGGCGUGCCGUACGAUGACCUCAGAAACCACCCAGCUACAUCUAAAGGGUUUUGAGGAUGACUCGCCAUACAGUGAUCUCAAAAAACACUCAGCUACAGCCAAAGGGUUUCGAGUCUUGGAUAAACGUGUCUGUUUGCCUCGGUAUGCAUACCACAAAUGGCUUGUGGACUUGAGUUUAGAAGGGGCAGACUUGAUAGAAGGUUUUGCAGUUGAUCCAAUGACGGAAUUCACUGUUUUAGUUGGAGGUGAUUUGAGUAAGGAGAACGAAUCUCUUUUAAGUUCAGAAACUGCUGAAGGAACUUGCUUCUCGGAGUUAACAACGGAAAUGGUUGUUGGUGUUCAUUUAAUUUUCAUCUACUUCAUGACGCAAGAUGACUUGGGGAAAACAGAAAGUCUAUUAUCAUAUUUAAAUGCGGUAAUUAUGUUCCAUAAAU